UUUAACGCGACAAGACGUACGUUUGGCGAUCGUGGCUCGUUCCGUGUGCCUGCAAUAGAAGUAAUACCGUGGUGUAACCUGGCGGGGUGGGCAAGGUAAACAGCGAACAGAAAAGAAAGAUCAUUCCUCAUCUGCAGGGUUCGUUCGAAGCGCGAUGUGUGAAGGUGAAGUGGUGGCUUUCUUUGGCGCUUCGUCAGCCACCGUGUUUAUUGUAGUUCCUGCAUAUGGAAUGCGAUCGGAAAUUUCGUGCUGGCCUAGUUUUACUUUGGAUUAGGUGCUGCAUCCGGGAUCGAUCGCGUCGGAAAACUAGAGUUCUACGUUUUGAGGGUGGUGAAAUUUAUGUGCUGGAAAGUUACUAAUCAUUAUUGUAGAUUAUAAAUUGUUUAAAGUGUGCAACUGCGAAUUUGUUCGAAAAUUUAAUCUACAAAAAGGAUGAUUAUUGUGGAUAUUGCUCAAUUAACUAUCGAAAAAGGUGUAAGAAAUUUAAUCACCGCAAAAAGAAGAGUUGUGCAACGUAAACCGUUUUGUGGUGUCCAAGAGCUUGUGUUCGUGUUAGUGAAGUCAUUUUAUGGUCGUUGGUAGAGGGCUGAAUGUAAGAAAAUGCUCACCGAAUAGUGACUAAGGAGGGGUCACUUUGGGUUAGUCAGCAGCACGAUUUUCUCUCACACUCCCCAAGUUAUCGAAAUCUGCGUUGCGGUGAGAAAGUAUCCAUUUAUUGGGUGUAUAGUAUAUCUCAUUGCACUGGAUCGACAAGUUCGAGGAAACCACAGCUUUGUUGAUAGCACCGCAAAAAAACGUCAUCGGAAACCAAUUGAGUCUUGCGAUGACGAGGCCCAAGCAAACACCUUCAGCGAAGAUGCUGAUCCAGCGACUGGUUUUCGCAUCCGUAAUGAUUUUGCUGAUUCUAGUCGAACCGGUUCGCUGUCAGAUCAUUAACCGUACACCGCAUUUUAUUCCAAGCUCCGGAGACAUGUCUCGGUUUAGUUUGCCGGAAAACACACCGGUUGGAAGUGUCGUCUACCAGCUGAGAGGCGUUGACCCCGAAGGAAGUAAACUGCGGUACAGUAUAUCUGGACCAGUAUUCAGCGUGGAUCGCGAGACUGGCGUGGUUCGAUUACGACAGUCUCUGGACCGUGAGGUGCAGGACAGCGUGGAAGUGAUUAUCAGCCUAACAGACGAAGGCACACUUGGUACGGAACCAAACACCAUCUCGCUGAGGCGUGAAAUUCCUAUCCGUGACUACAACGACAAUACCCCAACGUUCAUUGGACGACCCUACAGCGCAUCGUUGGUUGAGUCUACCAAACCGGGCACAGCAGUAAAAAUCAGCCCAGAGAUUAUUGUCACCGAUCUGGACGAGGGUAUGAAUGCAGACGUGAAAUUGUCCUGCUAUGUUGACCCCACUAAAGAAAACGAUGACAUAUGUGAGAUGUUCGAGGUAAAGACUGAAAAGAUAGCCCAAGGGAAGUAUGGAGCUCGCAUUAUCCUGAAGAAACCACUAGAUUUCGAAACAAGACCUUCCUACAUCCUGACUAUUCAAGCAAAGGAUGGAGCCGUUACAAACCCACUCAAAUCAUACGCCACAAUUGCCAUCACCAUUAUUGAUGUACAGGAUCAACCCCCAGUUUUCAUCAACGCACCUUAUUCGGCUUCCAUACCCGAGAAUACCGCUGAAGGAACUAUUGUUCUAACAAUUAACGCAACAGACGGAGACACUGGUAGUCCACGGCCAAUCGUUCUAUCGCUGGAAAAUGAACAGAUGGGACACUUCAAGCUCAAAUUCAUUGGUAAUCCACAUUCCGGUGUUGCCAAUCUUGUUACCACUGACCGAAAACUUGAUCGAGAAGAUUUGAAAAUAAUUCGCAAUGGUGGAGCUUACUCAUUUUCCGUUCGCGCAACUGAACUUAUCAACAACGAAGUCCCGGGGGAAUCUACCAACUCGCAAGUCACAAUAGUUCUCACAGAUGUGGACGAUCAUAUUCCAGAGUUUAAUAAACCAUCUUUUGAAGUAUCCGUUCCAGAAAAUUUGGAAAACGACACACCUUUGCCAGAUCUCGCCAUCAUUGUUACCGAUAUGGAUCUAGGGGCAAAUAGCAGGUACUCACUAUCCCUAAGAAAUAUUCACAAUUCGGAAGGUGUCUUUACUGUCUCUCCAACCCAAGGAGAGGGUCGUACUCCUGUUGUUGUAAAAGUAAAAGAUUCAUCAAAACUGGACUACGAUGUGCAAAAUGCUGAAUUACGAAAGUUUGUAUUUGACAUAGUCGCAUCUGUCAACAGAAAAGAAAAGUCCAAAACUCAGAUAACUGUGCACCUGCAGGAUGCAAAUGACAAUUCUCCUGUUUUUCCGCGUUCCAACUACAAACUUCACGUGAAGGAGAAUUCUCCCAAAGGUUUUAAGAUAGCGAAUAUCACAGCUACUGAUGAUGACACUGGAAAAUUCGGUAUGCUUACGUAUACCGUGAAGGGAUUCGGAGCAGACUAUUUUUACACCGACCCAUCUAGAGGGGGAGUUUAUGUUAACCAAAACCUGGACUAUGAAAUGCAAAAAAGCUACAGUCUGGCACUGGUAGCUACCGAUGGAGGCGGUCGCGAAACCAACGCAAACCUUCUGAUCGACAUAAUGGAUGUCAAUGAUAACUACCCGACGUUUGAGUCGCUGGAAUACACUCGAACAAUUCGGGAAGGGGCGACAGAAUUUGAGCCACAGUUCUUCGUACACGCAACGGACGUAGAUGGACCCCAGCAAGGGGGCGGAAAGGUGACAUAUUCGAUUGAGUCAGAAAACAGUAUCUCCGGACAUGUGUUCACGGUUGAUCCCAUUAGCGGAGAGAUAAAAAUCACUCGUCCCGUCAACUCGAUGGAUACCGAACGGGGACAAUAUGAAUUGAUUUUGGCUGCUACGGACCAUGGAAUGCCGCCGUUGAAAAAUGACACCCGGGUUCUGGUUCGGGUAGGAAUAUCCGGAAAUCAAAGACCCAUCUUCAAGGGUCUAUUCACUAACGGUAAAAGUGAUAUUCCAGGUCCUCCCAUCUACCGGGUGAGCAUUCCAGAAAAUGCUCCUGCUGGGUACAUCGUGGCGAAUGUCAGCGCGACGGAUCCGGAUGGAAUCGACGAUCUGUUGACGUAUAAGAUCGUUGGUGCGAGUGAUAAUUUCGAAAUUAACGAUCAAACCGGUCAAAUAAAAGUCGCUCGCGAUACCCGCCUGGAUAGAGACAGCAAUCCGGAAAGUUACACCAUUGUAGUGAACGCCAUUGACGCCGGAAUUCCGAUUCCAGAAACGGCGACCACGACCGUUUUCGUCAAAAUACAAGAUGUCAACGACAAACCACCGAAGUUCACCCGGCAAAGCUACACCGCGUACGUAUCGGAACGCACCAGCAUCGAUUCAGAAGUAAUCCAAGUGACUGCUACUGACACUGACAUUAACGCAAAAAUCCUAUAUUCAAUAGUGGAUCCAAUAUCUGCCAAAACUAAAGCUGGUAUCCCCUUGCAAACAACAGCGCCUUAUGAUUUCAAGACUGCAUUCCGGAUCAGUGAAGAUGAUGGAGUGAUUUAUGUGAACAAUACUCUGGACUACAACAAUGCGGCGGUUAUCAGUUUAACGGUUCGAGCAGUGGAUGUCAACGCCGAGUAUAAUAUCGAUAUGCAGCAAGAUCGAGCGGAAGUGACAAUGUUUAUCCAAUCUUUCAAAGACACUAACCCAGUCUUCAAAAAUAAAGGAUGGAACACGGUUAGACCGAAGAUAGAAGUCAAAAUCAAGGAAGAAUUGCCAAUCGGUAGUGUAGUAAUGAAAAUUGAAGCAGAAGAUCCAGUUGCUGAUGUACCAAUAGUGGACUUUGAAUUGGUAAUGCCUGACGUAGAUGGAUGCUUUAGCCUGAACGAAAAGACUGGUGACGUGAUUCUAAAUAAAAGACUGGACUACGAAACAACUAAUAAGACACACAUAGACUUUGUGGUGCGUGGUAUGACAAGUAACCGUAAACGUCAAUCGUUGGCGUACGUCAAUGUUACUGUAGAGAAUGUCAACGAUAAUGCACCUGUCUUCGAGAAACAAGUCUAUCGAGUAACGGUCAUGGAAUCCGAUCGCUAUCCCCAUUCGCUGGUCACUGUCAAAGCAACCGACAACGAUGCAGUAUUGUCCGAAAAGGAUAGAUUAUCCGGCUUCAGCAGUGUGUUGUACAGCUUAGCUGGAUCCCACGCGAAUUUAUUUAUGAUCGACAAUAAAACCGGAAAGAUUGGUAUAGCCAAAAGCCAAAGCCUAGAUCGAGAAAAGCAGUCCGUGUUGAAACUAUCGGUUAUUGCGGAAGAUAUGCCGGCCAAUGCCGGCGAUACUAAGCGAGGUUAUGCUGAAAUUAUUGUUGAUGUGCUAGAUGUCAACGACAAUGCGCCCAAUUUUGGACAGAAAUCAUACACGGCCGUAAUACCGGAAAAUGUUCUAGCCGAUACUUUUGUGAUCGCCAUUACAGCUAAUGAUCCGGACGAGGGGCCAGGUGGAGAGGUGCGCUACGAUUUCUUAAACGAAGGAGAAGCUAAUGGUCUCCUCCACAUCAAUCCAAAAUCGGGUGAAAUCAAAACGAAAGUUCUGCUGACCGGGAAAGGUAGGUCGGACCCGUACGAGCUGGUCGUCCGUGCCCAAGACAAUGGAAACCAACUACCGAAGCAACGUUCACUGUACAGUGACGUCACAUUCACGCUGUACAUUGGCGACAUAAGCGCAAACGAUGGUAUUCCUUUCUUCAUUGCUCCGAAAGUGGGACAAAUAGCAAAUGUGACCGAGAACGCAACAAUAGGCGCACCAGUAUUUCAAGUUGUCGCCAGUGAUCCCGACAGUCCUGCCACUGCUAGUGGAACACUUCGAUAUCGGAUUCAAUCGGACAUCGAGGAUGCUAAAUCGUUCAGAAUUGAUGCAAAAACCGGUUUGAUUUCUACUACAAAACCAAUGGAUCGGGAGGAAAAAUCUAUGUACAACAUAAUCAUCGAAGUCAGCGACAUGGGAGAACCUCCGCAAGCAUCAACGAUUGUCUUGAGAAUCAACGUGCUAGAUAUCGAUGACCAUAAGCCUAGAUUCGUACGAGAUAUUGAUGCACAACCUAUCGAGAUGAUGGUGCUAGAAGAACAACCUGCUGGUGCCAUCGUGGGUAAUAUUUCUGCUAUAGAUGAAGACAUCGGCGAGAAUGGUGCCAUAGAUUACGACUUUAUAGAUGGCAACGAGUUGGGGUUAUUCAAAAUUUCUCGAACUCAAAGCAAUGCCGCUGUUAUUACAACCACCCAACCUAUUGAUCGCGAAAAACUUGAAUUUGUGAGUCUCACAAUUAAGUGUUUCAAACAUAAGACUGAUCCUAUACCGAAUGUAUCUACGUACAAUAAGUAUGAUAGAUCCGAACAGAAGAUCUUCAUUCACAUAGUCGAUAUCGAUGAUCAUUUGCCACAAUUUGAAAAGGAAAAUCAAACAAUCGGAAUCCGACAUUACGUGCCAAUUGACACUCCGAUAGUAACAUGCAAGGCACACGACGAGGAUCCUGCAGCUGCUUCAAUUUUUUAUAGUUUGUUAAAUGUAACAUUCGUCCCACAAUUCUUCCGUCGAGACAAUCGGUCUGAAAAUCAUAGCAACGUAUUCAGUUUAAACAACGCUACCGGAGAAAUACGCACUACCGGUAGUAUGUCUGACUUUGUAGACGGAUUCUUUCAAGUUACCGUAAAAGCAAACAACUCAAGAAACUUGGACCGUUUCACGGAGAACCAUCUGAAGAUAUUCGUGAUUCGCGAUAAGUCUUUGCUACGAUUCGUUUUCUCCAAACCUCCCACGGAAGUCAACAAUGUAUUGGAGAAUUUUGCAUCUGAACUUCAGUCCAAACUGACACAGUCCAAUAUUGAACUGUCACUUUUCGAUGCUCAGGUUCUUGCUAAACCAGAUCAUAGUUUAGAUUUCAGUUCGACUAGCUCCUGCUUCCAGCUGUCCCGAUAUGGUUCGGCCCUUUCGCCACAGGAAAUGCUCAAAUUGAUGAACAGCCAAGAAAUGAAAGAUGCUCUACUGGAAACUUAUCUAAGAUAUUCGGUACAUAAGAUUGAUUCAUGCUCUAUAUCACGCAACCCCCAAACGGCAGCACUGAUAGCAUCGUCCGGCACCUGGCUUGUCAUACUGGCAGGGUUGAUAGGUUUCGCCGCUUUUGCUUCCACCAUGACUGCAUGUUGUUUAGCUAGAAGAUACAAAACUCAACUCCGAUUGACGGCAACAUCACAGCGAGUGGGGAGCUCGGAUAUUUACGGUAGUGCCACACCGGUAUUGUAUACCGAGCCAAUCUACGGUGUUUUGUAGCGAAGAAAUCCUCGAAAAUCAAACGAACAUAGUCUGUACAAAACAAGUCACACAAAAGUCAUAAGAACGUCGCGAAAUCCAAGGCACCGAACGUGCGUCGCUAGGGUUCAAAAGUGUUACCCUAGUGAGCCACGGCCACGGUCAUUCGCCGGAACUGCUAACAAGCCGAUGUUGAUAAACUUGCCUUACCGUAACACUAAUAAACAAUUGGAGAGAACGGCACGCCAUAACCUUGGAACUGCGCGCCGUCAAAAAUGUUAAGUUUUGACUGUUGCAAUUGAAAAGCAAAUAAAACAAUAGUUAGAAUAAGCUAUUUAUUUUUUAAUGUAAAAGCCCAUCAGAGAUGCAAACAAACUAUGUUUCGGUCGAUAGGGAAAAUUUGCGCAGAGGGAUAGACUACAUGUACGACGUGAGUUUGCGAGAUUGGCUUCGACGCCACGCCGCCGUUUCGAAACGCGGUAGGAUGAUUGGAACGUGAGAUUUUCUUGUAAAUAUAGUAACA